AUGUCGACACCACAGGGAUGGCGAAAGGUCGAUUCACCUCAUACAGAGGAGGACAAGCGCCGUGUUCCAAAAAUCGAACAUCAGUAUCGCACAGUGGGAAAGAAACUUUACUCCCGCGAAACUCUAAAAAAGAUCCUGGAGGUAGUGAAUGAUUACAAAGCGGGAAAAUACGAGAACAAAGAUCCCCCUACUUUGGAGAUUCCGGACUACGCUGAGGAUGGUAAUCGUACAUAUACGCUCACCCUAGAUGUUGGGUAUCAUGGAGACGAACUCAAGAGACUACAAUACAUCCCAAUUCAGUUCCUCAUGCAACCAUACUACUAUCGGCAGAUGUAUCCAGAAGAUGAGCACGUGCAACCAAUUAGAAUCUACAAAGGAGACGAAUUUGAAAAAUGCGGGAUGGGAGAUUCUACACCUGCAGAUCUUAGAGAUCUUGAAAAAAUAAGGGACGAAUGCUCUCAAAAAUGGAAAAAUAGUGGUACACGAGCCUCAGUCAUGGCUGCACUUGACAAUAUUAGUGUUGAGAAGCUCACCAAAGUCACCCAAAUAAUUGCAUUUGGAAAUGGCUCAUUGUGGCAGGGAUUCAGGAAACUCAAAGUUGCCGGUACAGACCGUGGCAAUCUCUUGCGCCGGACGGCGCAGCAUGUCGCGAUCAAUGAGAUUCAGGCAUUUGCCCAGAGGAAAUGCGGUCAUCCGGUUCCAACAUAUGCGCAAGAUCCUGGAUACACCCUGCAAGAUGAAGAGAUAGUCUUGAAGCCUUUCCAAAUCAAACGACUAGAAGAUCCUGAGGGAUUUCUGAAAAUCGAUGCGGGAACGAUCAUUUUCGCUUUCGAAACGUCCUGUGCUUUUCUACAGGCUAUCGCCGACGUUAUCGAAGAUGCGGGACCAGCGAUAAUCUUUCACCAAGAGAUCCUAAAAGAUGUACCAUGGGGAGAUUACAAGGUUGCCUUGGAGUAUGUUGAGGAUGGCUUUCUCCGCCCAGUUGCAGGUUGCAUCAACAACGAGACGUCUCCCAGGGUUGAGAAACUCUUACAGAACUACCAAGAACAUGAGCUCAAAGACCCAGACGAACUGUUGUGCGUUUAUGGCGAGGAUCAACGACAAGCCUCUCGACUAAAGAAAUUCAAUAUCGAUCCUAUUAGCGAAAGGCUUGCUACUGUUGAGAAAUCGCUGGUAAGCUUGAGUGAUAAAUUGGAUUCUAGAGACCUGUCGGAACCGCGCUCCUGGGCCGCCGACAAGUCAGAUGCAUCAAGGGCGGAGUCGCAGCUGGAAUGUCUCAUGUCAGGUACACUGACUGAGCCGCAUCGUAUCCGUGAGAACCGAGACAUUCAGAUCGCAAGGGAGCGUGAUAUCGAAAAUGAUGUGCCCCAUGGGGAUGUCACCGUCGUCGAUCGUGGAGGAGCGUUACCAUCACACAUUAUAUCUCCAAAACCCCUCGGUGUUGUUUAUAUGGUUGAAGAUAGAGGGUCCAUGUCCGCGUAUGGACCUUCAUCAGCGUUUCAUUUCCAUAGCAGUCCAUCAACUGCGGCUAGCCCUGCAAGCAAUUCACAUAAAUUGCUCCUUGGGCCCAAGAGCUCCCAAUCUGAGGCCGAGUCAGAGGUCACAGAACAGAUACGGAUGCAUCUGGUUGCCAAUGCCGCCAUUUCAAGGCAAGAUGAAGAUGUCAGGUUGUUGCAUGAACAAUGCGACUUUGACGGAUUGGAUCUUGACUUGGCUCGUCAUCUUCUUGAUAUCCACUGGAACAGACAUCACUGCAUGAUUCCUCUUACCUAUCGACCGUUGGUGAUGAAGGACCUUCUUGAAGAUGGCCAAUACGCAAAUAAAUUGCUGUGGAACGCAAUCUUCUAUAGUUCAUCGCUUCAGAGUGACCGGAUACAGAAAGCUACACUUGAAUCCGAUGGAGAAAGCCUUAAAGAUCGAUUUUACCGGCGUUUCAAUGAUCUGCUAACUGACUACCUUGACAAGUCAUCAGCAGCAACAGUCGCUGCUUUGCUCUUGAUGGGUUCUAGUCUCGUCACAAGCGGAAAGCAUACUUCCGGAUGGCUCUAUUGCGGUCUGGCAUACCGCAUGAUUAUCGAUCUAGGGAUUCAUCUGGACUCACAAGAGACACAGCUGUCUCGGCCACUAGACUCAUGUGCACAGAUGAUGUUCACCCAACAAGAACUUGAAAUGCGCCGGCGUUUAUACUGGACUGCUUACGCUGUCGAUAAGUUCCAGUCCUUGUACUUCGGUCGACCAGCUGGUCUUACAGCCAUUGGAGCCGAACCUUCACAGGCAUUCUCAGAUACGUAUGAGGAGCUGGAACUCUGGGUACCAUAUAUAGACCCACUGGAUUCUUCUUUACCUACCAAUUUCUAUAGAGCAAAGCCUGCGUACCCUAUCGCCACAUUUCGGGCAUUGGUUCAGCUAGCAGAGAUCUCAUACGACAUUAUCCGCAUAUUCUACCUUCCUCUUUGUUCAAAAAUCAGCCCUACUCAGGCGAAAAUAUCCUUGAAUGAUCUCAGAAAACAACUCGAUUUAUGGCUGGCUGGUGUUCCUCCAAACAUACAGUACGACCCGGACAAAGACUACCCCCUGCCACCUCAUCAAUUGACACUCCAUACGACGUUUCACACUCUCCAAAUCCUCUUGCAUAGACCCUUUUUGCCUAAAGGACACUUGAUCCAAUUGCAGGUUGAAGGCUUCCCAUUUCGCGAUAUCUGUACCUCAUCGGCUCUGCAGAUCUAUAAAAUCGCGCGUGCAUACGAAGAGACCUUCACAUUCAAACACGCCCCUUACCUUUUUUCAUACUCCCUUUUUUCUGCUGCUACAGUUAUUCCCCCGCAAGAGGACCAAAUGGAAGUCAUCAGGUUCUUCUGCAGAGCCCUGGUGAUGUUGCAGCGCGGUACCAACCUUGGGCUUAGGAAGCCUUUGCUUAUCAUUCGCGAUCUGAUGGAACGAGCAGGUGUCAAUGCAAACUCCAUGAUAACUGCAGCCUAUAAAGAACAGCAUGUCCAACAAUAUCUCAUUCAAAUACCCCGGCAGGAUAGGGUUAUCACUUCUCCAGAGGAAUUUGCAGCACCAUUCCCCCAGAGUGAUAUUUCUCGCGUUUUUGAUGAUCUUGCUGCUCAGGACAUAUUUCCUGAAAUAUGGAAUGACGACCCCGGUUUGUUUCAAUACCCAGCAAAUAUGGAGGCUCCAGAGAUUCUCUACGGCAUGUUCGAGUAA